CGAUCUAUGCUGUUCUAUCCGAUUCAUAAUUCUACGUACCACACUUCCACACAACUAUUUCACAGUAACUACACAACGGCACCACUGAUGAGAUAACUGUAGAGCGCCCGCUGCUGUGGGCUUGGUUUCUUCAAGUAGGACGACGAACAUUGGUUCUGAUCUAGACCUGUGUGUCAUAUGAUUGGGAAGUCAUGCGGCGCUGUCUUCAGGAAGUAGUUUGCGCGGUGUGGAUUUCGAUCUGGUCUGUUUUUGUUCCCAAACGAAGUGCGAGUCAUCGCCUGGUGCGGCCAUAGGAGGAGGUUGUGGAGCACCUAGGCUACGUAUAUGGGUAUUGGUCUCUUGCAUUCAGAAGGCCUCUUCUAAAUGACCACAAAAUGGGACCAGGGUAGAAUUUUCUAAAAAAUACGUACAGCGAAGAUUAUAUGCGUCCCACGCAGGGCUAUCAGCGGCCCGUUGCCGUAUCAAGAAGCCUCGGGCUGAAUUGAUUCGGACUCGCUGGCCAUUGUUGUCAAACGAGUAACGAAGAAGACGGUCACCAUCCAGAUAACUCCUAACUAAAUCCCCUCCUGAUUCUGUUCUGGGAGUGUUCUGACCCAAAACGUCGCCAAGAUAGCUGGACCAAGUAGGAAGCGACACAGCUCAGAACCAGACCCCAGCGGCAGCGGCGGGAGUGAGGCGGGCGACGGACGGCCAGUCAGUGGAAAGUGGCUGAAAAUGGCCAGCAGCAGCAGCAAUAACACGGGAGAGACUGGCGGUCGCAGGCGGUCCCAGCGCGGUGCGGAUGACACCAGCAAAAAGAAGCAGAAGGACCGGGCCAACCAGGAGAGCAGAGAGGCCAAGCGCGCCGCCGCAGGCGCCAUGAAUACAGAGAUCAAGAAAGAUGUCUUCAUGGACUGGAAGCAGAAUGCAGACGAUGUGAUCGUCAGGCUGCGCUGUGGGGCCGGGGUUCUGAAGACUGAGGACGUCAAUGCUGCCUUCUCUGACACCGCCUGCAUGGUCUGCUUCCCCGAUGGCUCCGAGUGGAGCUGUCACCUGCACUCUGAGAUUGAGGGCUCAUGCAGUAAAGUGCUCUUCAAAGAAAAGGGCAGCAUCCUACAGCUGGUGAUGAACAAGAAGAUCCCCUUCAACACCUGGCCCACUCUCGCUCGAAAUAACAUGGAGAAUGAGCCAGUGAACAUCAAGAUGGACAACGGAAAAGAGCAGGUCAUCAGCACUACAGAGUUGCCCAAGCCUUCCUCCCAGCCCGCCACAACUCCAGGGUCUGCUGAGCAGAAGUGUGGGAAGCCUGACCGCGGCACGAAACGCGGGAUGAAGAACAAAAUAGCGGCGGACCGUCCGGAAGGUGGAGGGGCAAAACCGGCCGAGGGCGCAAAGCCAGGGCUGCCAAAGGCCGACGCGCCCCCAGAGCCCAGUGCCAAACGCACCGUGCGCACAACCAAGUCCCCCAAGAUCCCCUCCACUUCCGCCACAGCAGGGGCUGCCUCCGCGAGAGACCCCCAGCCUAAACCAGCCGUCAAUGGGAAACAGUUCAGCCCCACUCCCCUUGACACACCCAUCUCAACCACAACAACAACCAGCACCACCACCACCACCACUACAACCACCACCACUAGGGACAACAGGGUAGCAACACCAGUCAGAGACCGCGAGCGGGCGCCUGUGCCAGCAGCAGUGACGGCCAACAGGAAGCCAGAAUGCAAACCUCAGGUUGAGAGACAAGAGCAGAAACCAGAGCAGUCGGCUGCCUCGGGGCCCAGGUUAGACUCGCACAGCUCUCCCGCUCCAGCACGGAUCCCCAGCCCAGGCAGCACCCACCAGCCUGAGGCGGCCUCCAACGGCCUGGCCACACACGGAGGCCAGGGGGACGGGAAAGUCAACCCUGUCCCAGAAAAAGAGACUGAUGGACACCUACGCGCCUCUAAGACCCAACAAUCCCAGCCUUCGGGAUCGGGAACCCCCACACCAGCUACAGUCCUGAAGGACGCCGCCGCCGCCGACUCCACGCCAAAAGCCGGAGUGGAGGAGGAGAAGAGGGACAAGUCAAAGGAAGAGCCUUCAGAGAAGGUUCAAGAGGAGGAGAAGGCACCUGAACCCAUGGUCAACCUGAAGUUGGUGAAAAACGACUCGUAUGAGAAAGGGACGGACCUGAUGGUGGUGAACGUGUACAUGAAGGGCAUCUGCAGGGAGACGUCUAGAGUGCUCUUCAGGGAACAGGACUUCACACUCAUCUUUCAAACCAGCGACCCUAAUUUCCUGCGCCUUCAUUCUGACUGUGGACCAAACACUGUCUUUAAGUGGCAGGUCAAACUCAGGAACUUGAUCCAGCCCGAGCAGUCCAGCUAUGCCUUCACCCCGUCCCGCAUCGACAUCACGCUGAAGAAGAGGCACAGCCAGCGCUGGGGGGGUCUGGAGGCCCCCGCCACACAAGGUGCAGUGGGGGGCGCCAAAGUUGCUGUGCCCUCCGGCCCUUCCUCUCUUGACAAAAGCCAGCCAGGGAGUAGCCAGCACGCUCUUCCCACCAAAGAAGAGCCUCGGGCGGGAGAGGAGAAGCCCAAACCCUCCCGGACUUCGGAGGAUGGGGGUCUGGAUACCGUUACUCCGCGUACUGUCUCUGAACACGUCCCCAUCAAGCAAGAAUCCACGCCUAAACCCACCUGCAUGGUGCAGCCCAUGACUCACGCUCCCCCCUCAGUCAGUGAGCGAUCUGAAGAAGAGGAGGAGAAGAAGGUGUGUCUGCCAGGUUUCACGGGAUUGGUCAACCUGGGCAACACCUGCUUCAUGAACAGUGUCAUCCAGUCCCUCUCCAACACACGAGAGCUCAGGGACUACUUCCAUGACCGGGCAUUUGAGACGGAGAUCAACUGCAGCAACCCGCUGGGAACAGGGGGGCGCCUGGCCAUCGGCUUCGCUGUGCUGCUGCGGGCGCUAUGGAAGGGCACACACCAUGCCUUCCAGCCCUCCAAACUGAAGGCCAUAGUGGCGAGCAAGGCAAGUCAGUUCACAGGCUACGCUCAGCACGAUGCUCAGGAGUUCAUGGCCUUCCUGCUGGACGGGCUUCAUGAGGACCUGAACCGCAUCCAGAACAAACCCUACACCGAGACCGUGGACUCAGACGGACGGCUGGACGAGGUGGUGGCUGAGGAGGCUUGGCAGAGGCAUAAGAUGAGAAAUGACUCGUUCAUCGUGGACCUGUUUCAGGGCCAGUACAAGUCAAAACUGGUCUGCCCAAUGUGCUCUAAGGUUUCCAUCACCUUUGACCCUUUCCUCUACCUGCCAGUGCCCUUACCUCAGAAACAGAAAGUGCUGACAGUUUUCUUUUUCGCAAAAGAGCCUCACAAGAAGCCCAUCAAGUUUCUCGUCAGUGUGAGUAAGGAGAACUCCAGUACAGCAGAGGUGCUGGAGUCCAUCUCCCGGAGCAUCAGGAUCAAACCAGAAAACCUGAGGCUGGCUGAGGUGGUGAAGUCUCGUUUCCAGCGGAUCUUCCUUCCGUCCCACUCUCUGGACGCAGUGUCCUCCUCUGACAUGCUCUUCUGCUUUGAGGUUCUGUCCAGAGAGCUGGCCAAAGAGAGGGUGAUUCUGCUGAGGGUCCACCAGAAGCCGCAGGUGCCCAGCAUCCCCAUAGCUAAGUGUGCAGCCUGUCAGAAGCCCCCGCUCCCCGAGGAGGAGAAGCUGAAGCGGUGCACACGCUGCUACCGCGUGGGCUACUGCAACCAGGCAUGCCAGAAGAAUCACUGGUCAACUCACAAAAACCAGUGUCGGCCCAACUUUGAGAACGUGGGUCUGCCUUUCCUGGUGAGCGUGCCGGAGUCCCGGCUCACAUACACGCGUCUGGCCCAGCUGCUGGAGGGCUACUCCAGGUACUCCGUAAACGUGUUCCAGCCUCCCUUCCAGUCGGGCCGGACCUCUCCAGAGGUCACCCAGUGUCGGGGUGACACGGCCCCCGCGGCGGUGGGCAUCCCCGAGGGCUCGGGUUCAGAGGAGAACUCCGCCCAGGCCAGCGGGGCUGGGGACGCGGCGGAGCUGGACAGCCUCAACGGUAACAGCCCUGCAGACGUGGCGCAGGCAGCUGCCCGUGCGGUGCCGGGGGAUCCCGACUCCCUCUCCACACACACCAUAGACUCCGGCUUCUCCGAGCUCACAUCCAGCUCCCAUGAUCCUCCGGAGGAGAAGGAGACAACCUGUGAGAAAUCCCUGAAGCCAGAAGCGGUGGUGGCAGGCUUCCAGCAGGCCUCGGAGAGCGGCUCGAGCCACACCUUCCAGUUCUACAUCUCCCUCCUGGACUCCAGCAACAAAGAGCAGAGACUGGAGGACAAAAUGGAGGGUCCUCUGGACAUCCCUGAGGACUGCACAGUGGAGCUGGUGUGGAAGAAUAAUGAGCGGCUGAAGGAGUAUGUUCUGGUGCGCUCGAAGGAACUGGAGUUCGACGAGGACCCAGGCUCUGCCAGCGAGACGGCCCGCGCCGGACACUUCACUCUGGAGCAGUGCCUCAACCUCUUCACCAGGCCAGAGGUGCUGGCACCAGAGGAGGCCUGGUACUGCCCUAAGUGCCAGCAGCACCGAGAGGCAUCUAAGCAACUGCUGCUAUGGCGACUGCCCAACGUGCUCAUCAUCCAGCUCAAGCGCUUCUCCUUCCGCAGCUUCAUCUGGAGGGACAAGAUCAACGACAUGGUGGACUUUCCCGUCAGGAACUUGGAUCUCAGUAAGUUCUGUAUUGGCCACAAAGAUGACAUGCAACCUCCCAUCUACGACCUGUAUGCUGUAAUAAACCACUAUGGGGGAAUGAUAGGUGGCCACUACACUGCCUACGCCCGGAUGCCCAACGACAAGAACAGCCAGCGCAGUGAUGUCGGCUGGCGUCUGUUUGACGACAGCACCGUGACGACAGUGGAGGAGAGUCAGGUGGUAACACGCUACGCCUACGUGCUUUUCUACCGACGCCGCAAUUCCCCCGUGGAACGGCCCCCUCGCUUCCUCGGGCCCCUGGGGGCCGAAGCAGCCACGGCCGCCGGGGCAGCCGCAAGUCAGGCCUCUCUGAUCUGGGAGGAACUGGAGGAAGAAGCGGAAAGGCAGGAAGAUGCACGCCGGGGCCUGUUCCUCCGGCCGCGUCUCCAACAGCGACGCACACGCGGACAUGAGGAGGAUGAGGAGGAGGGCGGGCCGGGGGGGCCGCAGGCCCUGCGACGACGACGACAGAAGGAGCGCCGCCGUCGCGGCUACCACAUCUCGGAUUACUCUGACGACGACUGCGUCAGAUAUUUCAUCGUGGGCACAGUGGUAGCCCUGCUAGCUCUGGCCCUCAACCUCAUCUACCCCCUGCUCUAAUGGGCCAGCUGGGCUUAGCUAGCCAACCCACACUUGAACUCAUUACUCCUGUAUGUAUGUACUGUAUGUAUUUAUGGAGCGCCGUAUACAAGUGUAUAUCUAUUUAUUACUGACUCUAAAUUCACCUGCAUAAUACAAAACGCACAUUAAUGGCAAUCAACAGGAAAAAGAGGUAUUUUUCUGUGAAAAUUGCACUUUGAAAACUCUGCAGCUUCGCACACUACUACCAGAGGUAGAUUGUUCUGGGGACAGGAUUCGGCCACCACCUCCAUCUUCCAUAACGCUACUAUAUAGCACACCACCCCUACAGAUCUCUGGGAAACGCUGUGACCUUGAGGUGAAAAGUCAUUUCCUGGUCUCCUCGUCAUUAAUACUCCUGGUUGAAGCCUCUAUUGUGCUUCCCCAACUAAUGCACUCUAGUUGUAACACGCAGAGCUUUGGUCUCCCUUCCUAUGAAGCGGAACAGUUUGUGAUAUGUAGGGACGUUCAGGACACAAGUUUUGCACUACACACUAGCUUGUAGGAUUUAAGGGUAUUGUCAGUAUGCAAGUGUGCAGCAGUGUCGUGAGUGUGCGAGCACCUGCAGCAGGAAGUAGUGUGUGAUCCUGUUGGUCUGAUGAAAAACAUCCAAAUGCUGAAUACUUGACACGCACUUGACCUAACCGUGUUACUUGAAUGUAACCAUUUUUAGGCAGGAGUGACUCAUCAUGAAUGUCAAGAUGGAGUUUAAGUGCAUUGUUUUAGUUUUUGUGGUUUCAAUGUGAGUUAGGAGUCAUUCACCUUUUGACUGAGGAGCGCAUUCAGCCAUGCUUUAGGACUGAUGCCAUUUAGAAUACAGUACAUUUAUUAUUCACCAGUCGUCUUAAUUAAAAAGUGUAUAGAUAGGUGUCUCUUGGUCUUAGCCAUUAUCAAAAAGUCAGGUUUGUAUUAAGUUGUUUCUGAACCGUAAAUACCAUUCCUGUCUCAUCCUUUUAUGUGAUUUACUUCAAUAGAGCUUGGCAGCUAACAUGCAAACGAAAGGGCUUGAUAGUUUGUACUUCACGGUGUCGGUGUAGUGUAUUAGUUGUUUUAGGACGUUAGACAGUAGGGCAUCUGCCCACCAGCAUUGUUGUUUCCAUGAUGCACAUGUCGGUGCUUAUUUCUCUCUCUCGCUCUCUCUCACACACACACACACACACACACACACACACACACACACACACACACACGGGGCUUCUGAGCUUCCAAAUUGUUUGGAAACGCAAAUGGCGCAUCAAUUUGUUUUGCUCCCGAUUUAAAACAUCCACCUCCCUGUAAGUCUAUGGUGAUGGCACCACCUUUUGUGCUGUUUUUUUUUUCUUCUUUUUUUGGUUUCUGCCUUUUAAAUAUGUUCAACAUCACCUGCCUUGUUUCUGCAGCGUUGCAUGUCUAUGUAGAUUUGAUUUGUGCAAUCGUUGAUUUAUUUUCAUUUCCAAGUCCUUUUGCUACUGCAGUGAGGAUUCUGUGUGCUUUUGCCUAAGAUUAGUGCGCUUCUGUUUAGGAUUUAAAGCUAAGUUGCGAAAGCCAAACGUCUGUCUUGGAGAAGUGCAUCGCAUUGCAUGGAACUCAGUCAUGUUUCCCCAUAACUUUGAUCCCCCCCACAUUACUUGAGUGCAGCUGUGUGGUUUUGAAUAUUCUCAAGGUCCUAAGCAGAACUGCAUAUGCUUGGAUUGUGUAAGUUCUGCAAAGGAAUCACAGGACUCGUGGAGCUGCUUUCUGUGUAUGGUUGACCUAGUGCGGGGUUGCAGCGCGGUCUCUGAAUGUGUCUGUCCAACCCUGUGGAAGGAGAAGAUGUCUCGGGGACAUCCCCUCUCUCUGUCCCUUUGGCCAUGGCACAGACCAGGAAAAGGCUCUGUGGACUGUUUUGUUUUGUUUUGUUUUUGUUUGCUUUCAAAGACCCCUGCAACAACUUCCUUUUAUGGCUCAGUGCAAUGAAAUGCAAUAUACCGUCCAUCCACUAUGCCACCGUGAGGAUGUAGCUAGUUGUCUGACCACAUAAAUGCUAUGGCUAAAUGCUGGAAUGUGUAACUGAAGUAUGCAAAUAGAGCUGCUAGAAUGAUCCAUCUGUUAUGAAAAUGUAAGUAACAAUAUUUUUGUAUAUUAGGAAUUUUACAGGAAUUGCAUUUUAAGAGCAAUGGCCCCUCAUUGUAUUCAUAUUUGAUAUUGUCUAAACCGGUACAGGCAAGGUUACUGUGUCCUUUAUGCAUCCUGAUGAUGAGUAGAGUCUGCAGUCAGAAAAGAUCUAUUUUCACAACCUUGCCUGAACACUGUCUUGAAAUGACUAAUGAGAUUUAAAUCCAGGUGUAAUGUCAAUGUAAUCUUUAAAUGCACAAUGCUUCAUGAAUUAAAUUGCCGCUGUUAUUUAAGACUAAAGAGAAAACGGCUGUUAAAAUACCCCAGCAAUAACUUGUAAUGGCACUAUAAUGGUGAUGCUGCUCUGUACAAUUUACUUGUACUGGCUUUUAAAAUAAAGUGUCAAUCUAAUCUCAA